AUGAAAAGUGCACCAUUUUUAUUUGGAAGAAUUCUUGAUCCUUUUUUAGCAGUUAAUAUUGGGAUCGUUUCAUAUUGGCUAUAUGAAAAACGGGCCAAUAGACCCAAUGAAAAAUUACUAUACAAUCGUCUUUUCAAACAGAAGGAUGUUUGA